UUUAUUUUUUGCAACCACCACCACCACCACCAUCAUGGAAGAAGAGAAGAAGCACCACCACCCCUUCCACCACGAGAAGAAGGAACAGACACCUGAGGAGGAGUACAAGCAACAUAAGAGUCACGAGCACCUCGGUGAACUUGGUGCUGUUGCUGCCGGUGCUUAUGCUUUGCAUGAGAAACAUAAGUCUAAGAAAGACCCGGAGAACGCCCACAAGCACAAGAUAGAGGAAGAAAUUGCAGCAGCAGUGGCAGUCGGGGCCGGUGGGUACGCAUUCCAUGAGCACCAUGAGAAGAAAGACGCCAAGAAAGAAGGCGAGGAGGAACAUGGAAAGAAGCACCACCACCUCUUUUAAUUUUUCUAAUUUUAAUUAACCGUGUUUUUUUGUAGUUUUAUCUAUGAUUUGCUGAUCUGUGAGUAACUAUCAACUAUAUAUCCUAAAUAAUGUAUGUGAAUUUGUGUUGUGUGAGUUGAGUUUGUAUUUGUGUUUGUUUAAUUACUGGGUCUCUUUUACACUAUGUCAUGAUGACCGAGUAAAAGAGGUGUUAUCUGGAUCUGUAUUCAUAUGAUGUGGUUAAUAAUAUUGUUUGAUAUGUUUCCAUGUUAAUGUCAA